AAUGUGGUGAAGAGCAAUCUGGUGUAGAGGGGUAGAAAGAAGCGGUGCGCAUUCAGAGAGAUUCCUCCGUGUGUGUUUCUCCGUGUGUGAAGCGCUGGAUGGCUGGUUAAGCUCUCAGAAAAACCCUUCCGUCCCAGCAGUUAUUCAGAUGUGCGCUCUUUGAAUGCGACAUAGCGGAUAUUUUACUCACUUUUACUGGAGUCACAGAGAAGAGCUGCAAGAUGAAAUACAAAAACCUAAUGGCCAAAGCGUUGUACGACAACAUGCCAGAGUCCCCCGAGGAGCUGGCCUUCCGUAAAGGGGACAUCCUGACCGUCAUUGAGCAGAACACAGGAGGCCUGGAGGGCUGGUGGCUCUGCUCCCUGCAUGGCCGCCAAGGCAUCGCCCCUGGCAACCGCCUGAAGCUGCUGAUCGGACCCAUGUUCGAGGCCCAGUCCCCAGCCGCCCAAUCCCCCCCUCAGAGCUCAGCCUAUCAGCAAAAGGCUGGCUCGGGGGCUCAGGGAAUCUACCAGGUGCCACCGUCCCUCCAGAGUCCACAGCAGCAGAGUCAGCAGAGCAUCUACCAGGUCCCUCCUGGACAAGACGUCUACCAAGUCCCACCGAGAAGUACUCUAGCUGCUGAUAACCCCCCGAGCAAGGUGGUGACCCCGACCAGAGUGGGACAGACCUACACCUUCAGCCCAGGCCAGCACAACCAGCAGGACCUCUAUGAUGUCCCACCCAGUAGAUCACAGGGGGUGUACGAUAUUCCACCUGGUCAGAUGUAUCCUGGUGCCAGAAACCAAGGAGUUUAUGACGUUCCUCCGUCUCAAAUGGACCUCAGGACACAAGGCGUUUACGACAUACCUCCCUCUUCCCAAGGGGUCUACUCGGUGCCUCCCUGCAGGACCAACCCCGCCCUGCAAGAGGGAAACUACGACUUCCCGCAGCCUCUCAAUCACAAGCAGGAAGGGAUCUAUGACGUACCGCCACCUGCCCUCCCCAAACCCACACAGAGUCCCCAGUCACAUUAUGAUUUCCCUCCUAGCGUGGAGCCUCCUGCUCAUCACCAACACCCAAAUACCAACGGCAAUGAAGGCAUUUACGACGUGCCUCCACCCGCCCUUCACUUAGGGGCAGGGUCCCAGAGGGACAUAUAUGACAUCCCCCGGGGCAUGCAGCACAGACCCUCGCUCGCCGACAGAGACAGAAGCAAAGGCAUAUACGACAUCCCCGCUCAGGAUGCUCGUGCAGUUGCAGACGUGACAGACGGCGUGAACCGCCUGUCGAUCUCCAGCACCGGCAGCACACGCAGCAGCAUGUCCACCUCCUCGUCCUCCACGGGCUCCAGCUCUGAGGGCCGCCUGGCUCUGGAUGUGGACACUGCUGUGCAGAGGUUGCACCGCCUGCAGCAGGCCGCAGAGGCCUCAGUCGGGGCGUUACAGUCUAUGGCAGCUUCCCCUCACUGGAGGACUUUCCCCUUCAUGGAGCGGCAUGCUAAUGACGUCCGCACAGUGCUAGACAGGGUCCGGGCUGCCCUGGGGGACUUUGUUGUGUUUGGUAGAGGGGCUGCAGCGAACGCCACAGCUCUAUCAGACUCCAGCCUGCACAGUAAGCUGAGGCGGCAGCUGGGACGCCUGGAGGACUCACAGCAGAUCCUCCUGCAGAUCUACCAAAUCCUGGAGAACUGCAGCUGGGCUCUGAACGCUCUAGCGUCCUCUGGCAAGCACCACAACAAGAGUGACGACCUGGAACGCUUUGUCAUGGUUUCCAGGACGGUUCCCGAUGACACCAAGCAGCUGGCGUCCACGAUAGGCAGCAGUGCUGAGCUGCUGUUCAGGCGGACGCACAUGAACGGGUCUCUCUCUACUGGGAGCACACCUGAUGAGAACAUGAUCCAUCCGCUCACCUCCCCCUCCUCUGAUAACGACAACUACGGAGGCCAGACCAAACCCUUCCCCGUGCCCUCCAGCCAAGACAAAGACAACAUGAACAACAGCGAGAAGUGUGUGAAAAGCUGGAUGGAGGACUACGAUUAUGUACAUCUGCAGGGCAAAGAAGACUUUGAACGUCAGCAGAAGGAGCUGUUGGACAAAGAAGACAUUAUUAAGCAGAGUCAAGUCCAGCUGGGCCAGGAACAGAUCAAUCAGUUCAAGAAGCUGGAGCAGGAUGUGAUCAAACCGGUGGAGAACGACGUCACACAGUGGAUUUCACACUCGGACAAAACCUCGGUCUCCCCCUCGGAGUCUUGCUCCACCCACGUGUGCGCUCGGGACCGCCAGCUGCUCGGCUUCUACUCCGAGCAGUGCGAGCAGCACUUUGUUACGCUCCUCAGCGCCGUGGACGCCUUCUUCGGCUGCGUCAGCGCCGGGCAGCCUCCUCGCAUCUUCGUGGCGCACAGCAAGUUCGUCAUCCUCAGCGCCCACAAACUGGUCUUCAUCGGAGACACUCUGUCCAGGCAGGCCGCGGCGCCUGAUGUGGCCAACAGGGUGAUGAACUCCAGUAACGUGUUGUGUGACUUGUUGAAGACGGUGGUGGCUGCCACCAAAACGGCCGCCCUGAACUACCCGAACACAGCUGCCAUCCAGGAGAUGGUGGACAGAGUCACGGAUCUCUCACACCACGCUCAGCAGUUCAAAGAGCAGCUGCUGCAACUGGCCAACUUGUGAUUUCCAACCAGUACAUUUCACCACAGACUCACCAAUGUGUACAUUACUCUAGCAUAAAUAUAUAUAUUUACAGUAAAUAUAUAUACACACAUAUAUAUAUAUAUAUAUAUAUAUAUUGCUCUUCAUCUUUAAGUUUUGGAUGUUGUAAAAAGUCUGUUCUGUAAAUAUUUGCUCUAUUUUUGUGUAGAUUGUUUUAUAUUAUGGUAUUAUGGUAUGAAUAUAUAUGUAGAUGCAGUAUUGGUGUCUCUGUAGGAGGAUAGACAGUCUUCACAACAUUCCUGUCGCAUAUUAUGAAGCACCUUAUGGGAUAUCCUGUGUUUUUCAUUUUUACAACUGUAGCGUGUCAUAGAUGUGUCUCACUGCUGGGUGUGACAGUAAAUCUCUUUGUAAAUCAUGUUAAUGUCGAUGUGUGUGUUAGUGUGUGGAGCUCUCCACAAAGUAAAGGAUUGUUCUUAAACAUG